AUGCGAAUCAACUCGUUGGCGACCUUGGCACUAUUGCUCACAUUGUUGUUGAUCUAUGAUGUGUUCUGGGUGUUCACUAGCAAGGUGAUAUUUGGCGAGAGUGUAAUGGAGAGCGUUGCUACAAAGGUGCUGAGCUUGCCAAUGUCAAUACAGUUUGGACACUACUUUACAGAGGGUUGGUCGGGACUUGGCAAUGGCGACAUUGUUCUACCUGGUGUGUUCAUUUGCCAACUCUACUUCUUGGACAAGCAUCAUGGCUUUGAUCACAGCAAUCAAUUGUUGUCACUUCGUGGAGCUGGCUACUUCAAGAUGUCCAUGCUAUUAUACUUGUUCAGUCUAGUACUAUCAUUGGCCGUUGUCAUCAUCUUUCACAAAGGUCAACCAGCAUUGCUUUAUAUUGGUAGGUUGGUGGUCCAUUGUCCUAGGAAAUGA